GAAACCUUUCUCAUGCUCAGAGACAGGUGUGUCGCUUUCGAUUUCGCGGAAUCCGGCGUCCGUCAGUCAGUAAUCUAAAUGUGAAUCACGUUCUUAUUUUUUUUUCCUACCAAAGUUAAACGUGUACAUAAAAAUCUAACACUUAAUAAUAAUAACAAUUAAAAUAAUAAUAAUAAUAACAACAAUAAUAACAACAAUGGCCACCGAAAAUAUUCCACAGUGGAAGCGAGACCUCAUCCAGCGGCGUAAGAACAAGCCAUCAAAUUCCACAUCAACCUCAAAUUCAAAUUCAAAUUCUCAGGCUUCAAAUCCAGUCAUAAGUUCUCAUAUAAAUUCAAAUAUUAAUUCUCAAAAAAAUAUAUCAAGUUCUCUAGCCAGUGUAAGUGCAAGUGAUAAUAAUAAAAGGAUUAAUGAAACAAUUUUAGUUAAAAAAUGUACCACUGGCGCUGGCGUCGGGUCAACAGCAACAGAAACCGAAUUGACUUCAUCGACGUCAGUCGCGUGCACGAUGCGUCUCGAACCGGACGUAUGUUUGGUUCCUUUUACUAAAAGUUCAUUAAAAAUGUCAAAUGAGUCCAAGGAUUGCGAGAGCGACAGCUCUGAAGAGUUACAAUACGGUCCCGGGAUCGUGAAUCGUUUGAAAUCAAAAUAUUUGAAUUUAACGCGGGAAAUAAAUAAUUCAAAUUUUCGCCGCGCCGCAAGCUUAGAGGAUUUACUUGACUGUGAAAGUGACAAGCGUAAAUUUAUUAAGAAAUCAGGUUUAAGUGCCCCAGGUUCCGGUUUAGGGGUCGCGGUAAAGACCGAGAGGUUCCGUAACGCGUCUCGCGGGAACGAGUCGAUGAAAAGAGCGCGAUCUGUGGAAACUUUAAUGAGAUACGACGACAAGGUAUCGAGAGCUGGUGAAAAUGACCACAUUGUCUUAGUGGACAGGACAGUGAAGAUCGAAAGCCGGUUGGAAGAUCGCCCGCGGCUGCUGAAGCCCAAGAGACUGAAGCCCGUGGUCGCGGAAACCGAACGGCCGCCUCCGGAUCUGGUGAAAACUACCAUGAGAAUUUUUGAGAGCUCGGUUAAAAAGAUAAAACCCAAAGGUGAGGUUGCGAUAAAGGUUGCCACUUUUAAAACGAUUAAUGACAACUUUAAAGCGCAGGGCGGGAAAAAAAUUCAAAUUCAAAUUCAAAAACCGGCUAUUCAACCGAAACCUUGCGGUAAGGGAAAAAUAAUUCAAAAUGUUAAAGAUGACAAAGAACAAGGUGUCGUUUUGGAAAAAAUUGUUAAAGUAUCGACGGUUGUUAGUAAAUUUCAACAAAUUGCUGAUAUUUGUUCACCUUCCAUUAGUCCAGAGCCGAAAAUUAAAAAUUUUGAAUCUGGGACUAAAAGUUUUGAAGCUGGGACUAAAAAUUUUGAAACUGGGACUGAAAAUUUAGAAACUGGGACUAAAUAUUUAGAAACUGGGACUAAAUAUUUAGAAACGGAAGUUAAAGAAAUAAAAAAUGAAGAAGAAAUAGAAAUUGAAAUAAAAGAAGAUGGUAAAAAAAAAAUUUCUAAAAAUGCAAUGGAAAAUAUAUCAAAUGCGGGUGAAACAAUAAAAUAUAAUUUUAAUGAUAAUAUAGAAUGUAAAAAUUAUUUACCAAUUUUAGUAAAUGGAACUAUGAAAAAUGAUAAAUCCGAAAGCGGAGACAAAAUAAUAGAAGUAACGGAAGUACUGGAGGUUAAAAUUGCGGAAGAUAAAAUUGAGGAAAAAUAUGAGGGUAAGAUAGAAGCGAGGAUUGAAGAUUCCAGCGAAGUUGAUUUUGUCAAUGACUCGAGAAGUCAGGAGGGUGGGGAGGAAAAAGUCAAGGAAGUUGAAGUCAAGGAAGCGAUUUCAGGAAAAACUGGAAAUAAGGCUAAGGAACCAGUGGCUAAACAAAUUGGGGUGAUCAGGCCGCUGGUGAGCACCAAGAGUUUGAGUAAUAGGGAGAUGGAGAAGAAUUUGAUCAAUAGGGUGAAGAGUAUUGAGAGCGAGCAGCCGACGAAGGUCGUUGUUAGUUUGAAAACCGCGGAGGAAAUCGGGAAGAAAAAUGGUACGGGAUUGUGGGACAAACCUUGGAACCAGCAGAACAAUACUAUGGUUUUUAAUUUUAGUAAUAGGAAGGAUGUGCCAGAUUAUAUUGAGAAUGAUGGGCUGAUUAUUAGGAGGAAGAGGGAGAAGAGUAAGGGAGAGGGGAUAAUUGUACUGGAUGCGACACUGGACGCAUCGACGACCGACGACGGGGACUGGGAACUGUCUGGAGGUCCGCCCUCGCCUUGUGAUGUUGCUUUUUCAAAUGAUAACAUACUAAUUAAUGGCCGUAGUAAUUUGUCGAGGUCACCCAGAAAUCAUAAGCACCGGAUACAAUUUGACGACACGGCGACCAGGACCUUCGAGUAUCCGAGUGAGGCGUCGAUGCUGGAGGACGAGGGCAGUUGUGUUGACGGUGAAACUACUUCCGGUACGGCGACGGGUAAAACGGAAUCUGGGACUGGUAAUGGAGAUGGAGAUAUAGAUGGAGAUGGUGUUGGUGAUAUGUGUGGCGGAUUACUGACGACGGAAUUGUCACAGACGCAAUUACAGCAGUGUAAUAUUUCUAAUGCUGCUGCUAAUCCUAUUUUAGGUGGCGGUGGACUGGCUUCAUUCACGCCAACAAAAAUGGACUUAACCGCCAAAACAUUUGAACUCGGCGUCACUAGAUCACUAGCGCCACCUGCCGAGACCCACCAGCCAGAGGUCGAACAAUCGAUAGAGGAAGCUCAGGAUAUGUGUGCCGACUCAGCCGCCUGGGGCGCUGAGGCUACCGCUGACCUUCUCUACUAGCCAUUAAAAUUUCAAAUUUAAAUUCAUCUUUUCCCGCUUUUUUUUAAAAAGCUCAUUGUCACCCAAUUAUUUAUUCCGCAGGAUAACGGGAUUUUUUUUUCCUCUUAUUUACUUCUAAUUAUAUCAUUCCACACGCAUUUAAUUAUUAAUUGAUCAAUUAAGCUCAUUAAUUAAUAAUUAUAAUAAUAAUCAUUAUAAAAUAGGGAUAAUUAAUUUUUAACUGCCGAGAGUUUUGAGACUUUGCGUUUGUAAAAAAAAUUAAUUAGUAAUUAUCUAAUAAUUAUUAAUUACCAGCAGGAUAAAAAAAACUUUUGGAAUUUUUUUUUUUUUACAAAAAAAAUAUUUUGAAAGCUUUCCUUUACAUUUUCCAGUGCGAGAGCUCGAAGAGUGAUUGUAUAAUCGACUAAAAAUAUUUAAUUAAUUAUAAUUAUUAUUAUUAUAAAUAUAUAUAAGAUAGAGUAGAUUUAUAUGAUAAAUUCUGCCAAAGUAGAUUAAGUCUACUUGAAUAAUUACACUAUGGUAUUUAUAAUCGACUAGUGAUUUUUAAAAAGUCACAAAAAAAAUUUUACAUUUCCAAAAAAGUUUUUAUAAAAGCUUUCAUAGUAAUUUCGACUUCCGGUCAAAAGCUCGGCUAUUUUUGGGAUCCUUAGGGUUGGACUGAUCGACUAGUACUUGAGCUUGCGAGGUUUGUUUAGGUUGAAAUUUUUAAGCUCACAUGUAAACUCAAGGAUAGAAAUUGUUUUUCAAUAAUUUUAUACUAAAAAAUUGAGCGAGUUUUUGAAAGCUGCGGUGGUCACGGUGACUUAUUGUCGAAAGCUCAACAAUAUUUAGAGUUUACGGAAAGUAAGGAAUGUAAUAACGUAUGAGCUUGCGAGAUUUGAUUUUUACUAACGUUUAUAAAAGCUCAAGGUUUAUAAAUCUCUAGAAUUUGCGAUAGUUGAAAACCUCUGUAAAAAAAAUAUUUUCAAGUUCUGGGAGCUUUUCCAUAAACUCUUAGCACAUGAGAUUUCGGCGUAAAAUUUUGUGAAGCUCACUUUCAAAAGCUUCCAAUUUUUUAUAAUGAUAAUGCAAACUUGCAAGUGCGAUUAGUACUUUUAUGAGUUUAAAAAAAUUUAUAAGUAUUCAAUUCUUAAACUUGCAAGCUUUCACACUUAUUAUCAAUUUACGUCACAAGCUCAAUAUUUCUGUGUUAAACCUGCCCAAUCUCCAUCAAUUUAACUACGAGCUUUCGAUACGAAUUGUUAUCUUGAAUUCUUAAAAGCUCUCAUAUUUUGUAAUGUCUAAAACUUGAUGAUAGAAUAAAAUCUUAACUACAUUGAUAUCAAGACAUUGGCUGGAACUCAACGUGUCUAAGCUUUAUAAACAAAGAUUUAAGCUCCCUGCAGAUAGCCAGAGCUUUUGAGACUGAGCUCUAAAAAUUUCAUCCUAGUUUUUAUUAAAAUUUUUUUCUCAACAGAAACUUUAAUUAUUUCUCCAAAAAAUCUUUAACUCGCAAGCUUUCAUACUAAAUAUCAACUCAUCUCGCAAGCUCAGUAUUAUCUUUAUGUAUUUUUUCCCGCUCUAUCGAUUCACGCCCGAGCUUUUGAAAUCUGACGCCAUCUUGAGCUCUAAAAUGAGCUCUAAAGUUUUCCACCCAAAAAAUUUUUUAUAUUUAUACUAAAUUCCGUACCGUCGAGUUCUUUCGGGAGCUUAUAUAAGUAAUACCCAUUAAUGUUUUUGUAUAAUUAUUUGAGUUACGUUAUUUAUAAUUAGUAAAAAUGUGAUAUAUAUUAAUUUU